GCUAACAAGAAAAGUAACUCCAAUGGCUCCCUUUAAAACAAUUCUCUUUGUGUGCGUCUUGAUUGCUGCAGUGUCAUCAGUUUCGAAAGCUCAAGAUCUCGGCCUUGGUGGUGUGAUCAGCAUACAAGGGACUGUGUAUUGCACUGUCAAUGGCACUGUGGGUGCUGCGGGUCCCCUUCUCACCCCAAAAUUCCCAAAUGCUACUGUGGUGCUCAAGUGUGGAGCUACAAAUACGACGACUGCUUCCGUGACAACCACUAGAGUUAGUGUUCUCGAUCUUGUUGGAUCUUUUGAACUUUAAUGUCUCUUCCAUAUUGUCUAAUUGCAACGUAGUGCUUACCACACCACUUGCCGCUUGCAACGCCACUUUGUCUCCAACACAGACUCUCACAUCGCCCUUGCAGCUCCUUAAAACAACCGUUAUCGACAACCACCCUGUCAUCAGUGUUGGUGCUCUUGGGUUCCGCAUCACAUCUUAAUACAUACAUACAUAGGGGCGGAGCCACACUGGGACCAGUAUGGUCACGGGCCCCCACUCAAUUGUUUUAUAUUUUAAAAGUAAUAUACUGUUAUGUAUUUCUAUAUGUAUAUUAUUUCAAAUACUUUACGUUUUGAUAUAUAUCCACAUGUGUUGUGGCGGACCUAUUAAGGCAUAAAGAGGUGCUUGAAAUUGCCCUUUUGCUCAACUGGUAGUGGUGCCCUCCAGGUGUACAGAUUACCUUAUUUCUAUUUUCAACAUUUAA